AUGUUCGCGGAGCUGCUCUUCCAGGCUGCCUGUGUCUCUGUGUUCCUUCAAGGGGCCCAGGGGAGAGUCUACACAGGAAGGAGGAAACUUGCCAACUUCGCCGUGGAGAGGUACCCACCCCCCCAUACCCAUCUCUGUACAGGGGCAGCCAAGUCCCAGACCUCCACACACACACACACAUACGCACACCAAAACACACACAGCUACCUCCUGGAGCUUGGCUGCGGGACCUGGAGACCCCCCCUGAUCUGGGCCCAAGAGGGGGUUGUUUGUUUGCAUCAUGUGUAGAGAGACAGCGAUUCCUGCCUGAAGGAGUAUUUUGCUUCCCUCGAGGUGCCCAUCACCUCUUUCUUACCUAUUUUUGUUCUCUUCUGAAGGCUGCAGUGCAGUUGAUCUGCCCCCUUCAUACUUUUGCCCCCAUCAUCUAUAAAAUUCAUGAUGUGCCUGAAUAGAAGCAUAAUUCCACGAAUUUACUUCUGAACAAAGUUCAGCUUGCACAACCAAUGAAGUUGGGAUGAAAGGUUGACUGACUGAGGGACUGCAUGGAUAGGGCAACGGUGUGCCCAAAGUCCUAGUUUGUCUUUUCUUUUUCUUUCAAAUGUGGGCUGGUAUAUAUUCUGUGCACCAUCACUGACUGACCACCUCUCAGCAGUUGCAGCUUUGCAUGCCUGGGAAACCCGGAGUGGCAGGCAAAACUGGAAUGUGUACUUGUGGGGAACAAUUUAGAGAGACAACCUGCAUCAGUACAGAUGAGAGAAAGGUGCUGGGGGUGGAAAGUACCCAACCAUGUGCAGAGUGAUUGUGUGUCUUAGCCCAGAAGGCUGUAUACACACUGUUCCUUUAAAGCACUUUUGAAGCACAUUCUUUCCCUCAAAGAAUUCUGGGCACUGUAAUUUACCCUCCACAGAGUUACUAUGUCCAGCACCCCCCCCCCCAAACUACAGUGCCCAGAAUUCUUCGAGAGGGGAGGAUGUGCUUUGAAUGUGCUACCACUGUAUAGUGUAUAUGUUUAUCAUUACGUUCAGAGUGGUUUCUGUACCUGUGUUUCCACAUAUCCUGGGCACAGCUUUCUCUAUGGGUUCAUUCAGGCUUCCUUUUGUGUCUAGGUACAAGUCUGAGUGAUGUUCGUGUUUUUUUCCAGGCACUUUCCAUGGGAAGGCCCACAUUUUAGAACUGAAUCUAAGCAAAUGGCAAUUUGGUUCUUCCACGGACAAAAGAAAACCGCUCAGAAACAGAGCUUUAAAGUGUGGACCUGCGCAAAAGGAAGUGCAGCUGAGACCUAUGUGCCACUGUUCCAUCUACUCCUUUUCUUCCCAUGUACUUAUUCUGGACACUGUGGUUUGUUAAGCAUUGCUGGGUAUUGUAACUCUGUGAGGGGUAAACUACAACACAACAGUGCCUGGAAUCCUUUGAUCACCACAUAUUUAAAGCACAUUGCUUCCCUCAAAAAAACAACUACCUUUGUUGCUAAGGGUCCUGGGAACUGUAGCUCUGUGAGGGGUAAAACUACAGUUCCCAGGAUUCUGGGAUGUGACCACUGGCAGCCUGAGCAUACUGCUAAUCUUAGCCCUCCAUAAGCAGGAGGCAUGUGUCUCAGUCCUCAAAACAGUGCAGCUUGGAGAGUUACUUUUCACUCCUGGAAAUGUCUCAGUCCGUCUCUUUCCUAUUCCUAGACGUCGCAUCGGACCACAUGUUUGCCUCUCUGGUUUUGGAAGCGGAUGCUGCCCUGGGUGGAUAGCAUCUCCAGGCAGCGGACAGUGCACCAUGCGUAAGUACCUGGAGUUCUUUGGAAGACAUCAGCUCUGUAUUGUUGCUAAAUCUCAUUAGGGAACUGAAGAAUCUGAAUAUUGGAAGAUUCAAGGCAAGACAAAGCAAAUUGCUUCUUCACACAGUGUACAAUUAAACAAUGGAAUUUGCUCCCACAAAAUGUGAUGAUGGCCACCAAAUUAGGGCUCAUCCAUACUCCUGUUUGUGCCACAAUUUCUAGGCACAAGUCUGAAAGUGCCCCCCCAUCCCGCUGUUUCCCUGGAAAAACCUACUGUUUACAGCUGAAUCCAUGGGAAAUCUGAUUGACAUUUGUUCCAAUGCAGCGGUAAACAGCGGGGGGGGGGGGGUUUCCGAGGAAAGUGGCCGGACAAAAAAAAAGAAUGCUUUUGACUCCUUGCGUAGAAAUUGUGGCACGAAUAGGAGUGUGCCCUUGGUGGUGUUUAGAAAGGAAUUAGACAAAUUCAUGGAGGAUAAGACUUACUAGCCUCAAUGGCUAUGUUCUGGAAGCAUGGCUAUGCUCUUUUGGAGGCAGUACGCUUCCGAGUACCAGUUGCUGGGAAUCACAAGUGGAGAGAGUACCAUUGCAUUCAUGUUCUCUUUGUGGGCUUCCCACAAAUACCUUGGUUGACGACUGUGAGGACAGCAUGCCUGACUAGAUGGGCCCUGAACCAGCAGGGCUCUUCUUAGGUUGUCAGUUUAGUAUCAGAUACUAGGCGUACAGCUUUUUAAUUAGUUUCAGCAGUCCAUUCGCUCAUGCAGUUUUGUGAACUGAGGUGGGCUGUGGGGGGAUAAGGCAGCUCAGUCAUAAUUUCCAGCACUUCAGCAAACUAGGAACAUAGGAAGCCACUUGAUACCAAAUCACACUAACACUAGCAGACAAUGGCCCACCAAGAUUUCAGACAGGAGUCUCUCCAGCCCUACGUGGCUGGAGAUGCCAAGAAUUGAAACGGGGUCAUUCUGCAGGCCAAGCAGAUGCUCUUAUACCCAAGUUAUAGCCUUCCUAGGAUUGUUUAGGGGAGGCCACCACUGUUAAGGUGUUGUAUAAAACCAAUAUUAAGUCUGUCCUAUAGAUGUGCUGCAACGGUCAAAAAGCUUUCAGGGUCGGUCACAUAGCAUCAUGCACAGUGCUGCACACCUCUACACAGUAGACGUUUCUAGUGUACAUGCUGUCGCAGCACCCCAUCUUGCAAAGGUUGAUUUCCCUAGUCUAGCAGCGCUGGCCCCUAGUGCUGUGCCAAUGUGGCGUCCUGCUGCAUUUGCUCAUAGCGGUGGUGCUCCCUGGCUUAGCUGCUUAUUUGCUCGCAUGACGACACGUAAGGUCCAGCUGCUGGGUCCUUAGCGGGUUACUACCAGCUGCUCUCAUUCAUUUCUGGCAUCUGGCAAUUGGAGAUGAGAACAUGCUACUCACUAACCAUUUUUGUUAGAUGUCACUGUUGGCAAGUGCUGCCAAGUCCAGCCCUAAAAGGAGGGGGUGGGGGCUUCUCUUACCUCCUGCAGAGCAGGCAGCAAGGCUGAUGUCACAAUGCCCAUGCAGACAGCAUGGAAGGAAAAGAGAUCAUUUUUUUGUCGCAGGAUGAGGGGAUGGGGUGGUGUUUGAUAGAAGCACCCAAAUGGCAGCUGGGAUUUUCAUGCAACAAUGAAUACAGGCAGCUAGACUGGGCAACUCCUGAAUGGGCUGGGAGUUGUAGUUCUGUAAAGGAAUCAGCGGGCUCUACCCGAGCAUUUUCAGUAUGCUCGCAAAACCACAGGUGGCAAGCAAGGAGCUAGGAUAGUUGCAUUAGUUUAAAACUGGCAAAUGGCGGUAGCCUGGAAAUGCCUAUGGAAUAAAAAGAUGAUGUUUUAUUUUUAAAAAGGGCAGUGAAUGCUUCAAGCCUGUCCUCACUUCCAUACCAUUGCAUACAGUGGGAAUUCUUUUUGCAUAAAUAUACACAGGAUUUUAUUAAUGAUAUUUCUUCUAGAUACAGAGAGCGUCAUUAACAUCCCAUUUCUUGGCAGCAAACAUUUGUAGUACCUGCUGAUUAGAUUGUGGUUUUUUUUUUAAUGAUCAAAUGAGGGUGCUUUCACAUUGUUUAUGGAGCAUUCACCCUGAUUUGUUUGCAGGGAGAAUAGAAUGUGCUGGCUGCUUAAUGAGAAUUAAUUAUUAUUUCUUUGCAGGGAGGCUAGAUGAUGUUGCCUCCAAGCAUUAUCCCACAUUUUCCACCCCAAAAUAGUCACGGCCUGGAAGCAUCUUAGUGCCUCCUCCCCAUCUAACUCAUUCAUUUAUCUUUAAAGUUCUUCCCAAAAAUCCCUUUCCUUACCUGUAAUUCUGCUCUGAUCCAUUGCUAGAUCUCUUAACUGGGCUCCUUCCUGCUUGGCGUGAGAGUGGUUCUCUUCCACUGCACUGUGGUGGGGUAGAGUGGUGGUGGGAUUAAGAUCCUAAUUUUCUGUCUUUGUUAACUGGUGCUUUCUUGGACCUUCUCGCAGCGCUUUGUUCCUUUGGCUGUGGAAGUGGCUUCUGCAUUGCUCCCAAUGUCUGUUCCUGCAGGGAUGGAGGGCAGGGCAUUACAUGCCAAGGUAAGGAGAACUUUGUGGGAUGAUGCCAGUUAUUCAGUUUGCUAUGUGGACUCCUGUGAGGGCUGGCUGGGAAUGUGCAAAUCUGUCAGUUUUGGUUUCUCUGUUUCCCAUUCUUCCCAUCUUCAUUUCUCCUUAUUUCCACAUCAGCUUGCGAUUAAUUUUUUUAAAAAGAAGUUUUAUUAUUAUUAUUUAUUAUUUAUUAAAUUUAUAUACUGCCCUUCAUCCACAGAUCUCAGGGCGAUUCACAACAUAAAAUUACAAUGUAAAACCCACAAAAUACAUAGUAAAAAUAAGAACAACAUUGGAACUUCAUUAGAAGUUCCAAUGAAAAUUCAUCAGCACUUUGAUGCUGAUUUCUCCUAAUAUACACCUGUUUUUGUAAGUUAAACACGGUUUUACUUUCAAACUCUUCCAAGGUCAGAUUCAUGUGCUUUUCCAUAAAGCAUUCAGAAAAAAGUUGCACAGGUAGUAAAACUUAGCAUAGUUACAUAAAGUGGUGAAAGUCCGUAUUGGUAUAGGAAUUCAAGAGUGGCUAAUGAGAACUGUGUGGCUGAGCUGGAGCAAGCAGCUCACGCCUCUUCCCAUGUUGAGCUUCUCAGGUGGACUGGAUGGGAACAUUAGGCUUGAUUACCUAUUUCCCCCCAAGAUAAGGGAAGUGACAUAGCUAAACCUGGCAGGACAACUUACUCUAUGCACCUUCAUGCAUUAAUUAGACUUUGGUUAUGAGAUGAGUUAUCCCACAGCUAAUUAGAAGCCUAAUUGGAAUGGGGGGGGGCAUGUUGAAGAGUCACAUCUGUGAAGGGAAGGAAUCUGUGCCACCCCCCCAAAAAAAAUUGGGCUUGGGAAAAAUCAAAAUAAAAUCUUGCCUAUCCAACUUUACCUUCCAAAAAUAUCACUGCCCCUCAAUCUGAUUUGAGGGGGAAAGCAAGGAAAGUGAAUGUGUGCAUGAUUAUGGUUGUGGUGUGUGUCUCUGGAUUGCAAAUGAGCCCACAGGCCAAAGAAGGCUAGCAGCCCUCGCUCUAUUCAGCCCAAUGGGUCUACACCAGCAAAAGCUCUGCCUCUCCUUUGCCCAGAUCCAGCCUUUAAACAUUUUAAUGGACCGAGCUAAUUGCUAAAAUUCCCCUCCUUUCUGGGCAUAUAAAGCAAGACUUUUGCUGCGAAGGCUUAGUGAAAUAUCCUUCAAAUGUAUCUGAGAGUUGGUUGCUUUUAAGGGAAAUCAGUUCAUGUUAUUAUUACCUAUAUUAAGAGCAACACUUAAUCAGAACAAGGCUUUUGAAAACAUGUUGUAACAUUCUGGAUGAUUUUCAGUUUAUGUAAUCGUAGGUUUUGCAACAAUGGCCAUGCAAAGUUUAUGAUGUUCUUAUGUUUUUUGAAUGCUAUAGUAGAAGGCAGUGGUUUAUUGGUCAAGCAGUGCUUUAUUCCACCCCCCCACCCCCAAUAACAACAAACCUAUCAACGGUGCUGCCUCCUUGCUCAUACUGGAUGCUGGAGCUUCUGGGGCAAGCAAUCCUCCUCCAGCAAUCUGGACAGCCAUUGUGGGUUUUCUGAACCCUGCAAGGGCCUCUGACCCUUUCCCUGUAAGAGGCAUCCCCCUCAAAGUAUCUGGCUUGCGCCCUUCUCACUGUACCUUCAGUGAUGCCCUGCCUGGUCCUCCCUUGCUUGCCCUCUUCCACUUCUUUUAGGGCACCUUUGCCUGUUAUUUGCCUGUGAUUAUAUAGCCAUUGGCAAGAGUUGUAGCUUGGUAAAGUCAUAAAUUUCCUGUUGGCAUCCUGUUUUCUCUGGCAAGAGACAAUAAAGUUCUUCCUGAUUGAUGUGUGUCUUCUCUAAGGCUGCUUAUACACCAUGUUUUCAUAGCACAUGUUUCCUCCCAAAAAAUUCUGGGAAGGGUAGUUUACCCAUCACAAAGCUACAGUUCUCAGCAGCCUUAACAAACCUUAGUUCCCAGGAUUCUUUGGGUGGGGAAAAGUGCAUUGAAUGUGCUUUAUGAUGUGCAGCAGCCAAAGCCUGCCAUGGCACCUGCCUUUUUUCUUGCCUGCUCUUCUUUCACAUUCUGCUCUUCCUGAAACAAAAGCCCAUGCAACUGGGGUUGUGCUCAUCUAUGCUUCUGUUGCAAAAGUGUGGCCUUUGGUUAAUUUGGUCCUAGUCACCAACUCCAGCAUCCUUGGUCAGCUGCUAGGGUCCCAGGGCCCCAACAAGGCCUACUGCUGCACCAACACCAGCCUGCUAGGUCUCUCUUCCCAGGCAGUGUGGAGCCGCCAUUUUGACUUCCCACAAUGCCUCCAAGAUAGUGUCACUCAAGGUCAUUUUGGGAAAUGCCUGCUGCUACACACUAUAACGUAAAUCAGAAGUGGCCUGCCAAGAAGACCCUCUUACACCUUAGAACAAGCCCUGCUAUCUAUCAGUAGGGAGACCCCUGCAAUGAAGUCAGUUGGAUGUUCAUUCACAGAUAGACUUUGGGGCAGAUAUCCAGGGCCACACUUAGCAGAAUGGGCAGGGGGACACCUUGAGGUUGUCAUCUGUUGUGCACACAACAAGUGUUUAAGUCCAGAGUCUACAGUUAUCUAAAUGUAACACUGAAAUUGCCUACCUGCAUCUCCCACUCCCCUACCUAAUGGUCAGGGUUCCUUCUUGCUUUCUAACCCUCUUUCAGUGAGGGAGUCCCAUUCCCCGGCAUGAAAUUUCUCCUCUCUGUCUUUUCAGACGUUCCUGGUGCCUGUGGAGAGUAUGGCUGUGACCUUGCUUGCAAUCACGGCGGUUGUCAGGAGGUGGCGCGGGUGUGUCCGCUGGGGUUUUCCAUGACUGAGACAGCCAAUGGUGUACGCUGUGCAGGUGAGCUGGAAGAGAGGUGUCUUUCUUACAUGGAACCAGCAGGGCCUGAAGCCCCUACUCCUAGGGAGAUAAGGAGCUUCCUGACUGCGGGCUCUUAGUGCUACUCAGUCAUUGCUCUUCCACAGUAAGCUGCACACAGAAUUGCAACUGCCUUUUUCAUUCAUUGACACAUGGGAAUGUUUCCCCCUGUAGACAUUGAUGAGUGCCUGAGUGCCUCCUGUGAGGGACUUUGUGUGAACACAGAAGGUGGCUUUGUAUGUGAAUGUGGCCCAGGAAUGCAACUCUCUGCUGACAGACACAGCUGUCAAGGUGAGUGUGAUUGGGAACAUAGGAGGGGAGAGGGAUGGAGCUGGAAUAUUUUUAGGGAAGAUGUCAAAGAUCGGUUUAUUUUUGUGGGGCAAACGAUAUCGACAUUUGCAUCCUCCAUUUUGCUCCUAGAUACUGAUGAGUGCCUAGCAACACCCUGUCAGCACCACUGCAAGAACAGCGUGGGCAGCUAUCGAUGUUCCUGUCAUUCCGGCUUCUACCUGCAUGGCAACCAGCACUCCUGUGUGGGUAGGUGUCCCUACUUCUGUUGUACAACCUAGCAGAGGAAGGGCUGUAGCUCACUGGCAGAGUAUCUGCUUUGCAUGCAGAAGAUCCCAGUUCAGUACCCAGCAUCUCCAGAUAAGACUGAGAAAGAUCCUUGUCUGAAACCCUGAAGAGUCACAACCCAUUGGUGUCUAGACAAUACUGAACUAGAUGGAAGAAUGGUUUGAUUAAAUAUAAGGCUGCUUCCUGUGUUCUAGAGGUAGGUUACCUCCCUUUGCCAGAUACACUAACCCAGCCUGGCUUUUUCCAGAGAAAACCUCCUGCUGCCUCCAGAUUAAAAAAAUAUUUAGUUUGUUAGUUUAUUUUAUAUCUGCCCAUCCACUCCCAGUGCCCCGAAGAGACUCUAAGUUGCCCCCUCCCUGGUCAUCACAUUGAUAAUUUGAUGGGAGUGUUGUGAGGGAGCAGUAACCAUCAGCUGAGGAGGGAGGCUGUGUGUCCCUGUGUGUGUCUCUGUGUUUGCAAUCCUCUGGCCAAAUACACUUUGCAUCAAAGGGGCCUCAAGGCUGGUCCGAGCCCAGCUUUGACCGUGUGGUAAUGCACCAGGUCCCUUGCUGUGCGAUCCCUUUUCUGACCUUGUAUGGCUAAGCAACAGGAAUGCUUGUAGAGCCACAAGCUUGAGCCCAACCCAGCCCUGAAGUAAGUGCUGCAUCUGGUGCAGAUGUGAAUGAAUGCCGGCGACUCAGUGAGAAGCGAACCUGCCAGCACUCCUGUCACAACACGCUUGGGAGUUUCAUAUGCAGCUGUCGCCCAGGCUACCGGCUCAGUGUGGACAGAGUGUCCUGUGAAGGUAAAGACCAUUUCCAUCUUUCCAUCCUUCGUCAUCUGGGUUGAGUUGCGUUGUUUAUGUUGAGUGAUGUCACAGGCACUGUCCAAUAGCAGCCGCAAUGUGGACUGCCCUCACUGCUCAGGCAGUGGAGUGGAGACUGAGUUGCUCAUUUCCAGAAAGAAAAUAUUACCCUUGGACUGCUGAGAAAACAGCUGCCACAAGCACACCCAAAGUGCUACCUAGAAGAAAGAAAUGAUUCUUUGCACCACAGGAACAACAAUUGUGCACUUCUUGUGGUAUAAAUGGGUUGUCUAGAAAGAGACCAUGAGGGAUAUGCAUUCAGCUGCUUGGGAAAUGCUUAGGAAUACAUGUGAGGUACGUCAGGGAGGAGACAGAAGCAUGAGGGCCGAGAUGGACAUUCAAAACUUAUGACUCUUCUGUGGUUAAAAAGCUUCACUCUCAAAUGGACUUCAACUCUCUUUGCCUAUUACUAUUACAGUACCUGUUUUUCUGUGGCCAAAUGAUGUGAGGGUGAGUGUGUACCUGCCACAGUAGCUAUAUGUAAAUAUGUGAGUGGCUAAGGUGGGGAGCUCCUAAGUGUGCUGGAAAAUGCCUUUAAUUUUUGAUGUGCAUCUUCUGGGGAUUUUUGAACCUGGCUUUUCUCUCUCCCUCCCUCUUUUCCCUGCAACCCAGGUUUUCCGAAGACCAGCCUGGCCCCGUCUCCCAUCUUGCAGUCUCUCCAGCACCCGCCAACUCUCCUGCGCCUUUCUCCGGAUUCGGUGGCUCCUGCCGUGCCCCCCAGGGGCUCUGCUCCAUCCCGAGCACCUGCUCCCCACAUGGCACUCGGGACCCCGCCUUCUCCCCGUCUCCUCCCCACUCUCCCUGUGCUCCCUCCUGCAGCUUCUCCCACCCCUUCAUUCCCUCCACCCAGUCCCUCCCUUGGCGCACCCAUCUUGCUAAAGACCGCCAGGCCCUCCAGGAUGGAGAGCCCACUGCCGCCAUCGCUGCUGCGGGAGGAGGUGACGACGCUCCUUCCCACAAGUCCUUCUGCUCCAGGGGUUUCCUCCACAGCCCUGCCUUCUGCCUGCUGGCGUGGAGGGACUUUUCAUAAGAAUGGCAGCCACUGGGUGGAGCCAGGGUGCCUGAACUGCUCCUGUGAGGUGUGUGGUAUGUCCUGGGUUCCUAGCUUUCUCCCGCCCUGCCCCUGUGUCAAAUGUGCAGCCACCUUUACAGUGACUGUCUUUUCCUUUUGUAGGGCGGGCAAGUGCUGUGUGGAGCAGUGAUGUGUGAGGUUGCCUGCUCCCACCCAGUUCCUCCAAUGGAGGGGGAGUGCUGUCCUAGCUGCACAGGUGAGAGAAGCGCCCUCAAGAUUAAGACUGCAUUGAUGGGACUGGUUGUGGCACAUGGGCCUUCCCUACACCUAAACUGGGGACUUUGUCACUAUAUAUUCCACUGUAUGCCUCAACCCUCUGAGUUUACCAAGGACAGUCCCUGUUUUCUGGAAGCCGUCCCUGGUUUAAACCACUGGUAUCUCUUAUUUUGUCCGAAUUCUGCCUCUUUGGAGUGGCGUGUUAAAGUUUCGUUAGCCCAAAUUUUAUUUUCAUCCCGUUCCACAGGUUUUCUAGAAGCUAUUCUUACUUAUUUGUUGCUUUUCCCACAAAAGGGGCUCAAAGCAAAUUUCAGAGUGGAAAGUGGAUGCACCUUUCCCCCUUUCCCAGACAAAUGUGAAUGCACACACACAAGGACAUUGAGUUAAAACCACACCAUACAUUUAAAACAUCCCCAAAGAGUCCUGGGAACUACAAGGGUGCUAGAAAUUGCAGCUCUGUGAGGGGUAAAUUACAGCUCCCUGGAUUUUUCUGGAGGAAACCUUGUGUUUUAAAUGCAUGGUGUGGAUGUGACCUUGGUAUGGGGAUUUUUAUACCCAAAAAUAUAAAAGAGGAGGGGUACAAACCUAUCCUUACUUUCAUCUGUGAAAUACUGAUUAUGUGUCAUUCGGCCAAAUCCUUUUAAAAGUGGCUACAUAUGUAAGCCAAUGAGUGUUUCCUAAUCUGGAGUGGCAAAAUGAGAUGGGACUCACAGAAGGCUCUUCUCCCCUCUGAGGAGAAAUUUCACAUUCCUGUCUCCUGCAGGCUGUUUCUAUUAUGGGACCGCCAGAGCUGAGGGGGAUGUCUUUUCUCUUUCUGAGGAGAACUGCACAAUCUGUGUCUGCCUGGUGAGUAUCACAGAGUCCACAGGUGCCAGGGAAGGUGUGUGCGUGUCCCUCAGGUUAGCUCACCUUCUUGCUUUGAAAUGGGCAUAUUCAUCACUUUGUUUGCUACCAUUGCUAACCCGCCCUUCAUGUGUUGAGCUUUGCGUAAUGGUCCUUGCCCUUGCUAUGGCAUAUGAGAAUGUCUCAGUUGUGCAGACAACUAGUGACCCAGAAAGCUUUGUGUAGGGCUAUCUGAGGGGGCCAUUGAGUUAUUUUACUCCAGGGGAGGAUUGCCACCUUAUUCCUGUGUGUGGCAUGUGAUCUGCAACUGAUUUUACCCGUGACCUUGGCUGAGGGCUCUCUUCUUGAUUCCAGGGAGGCAACAUAUCCUGUAUCUCUCCAGAAUGUGCACCCACUCCAUGCCCCAGUUCUCUUCAGACCGACUGCUGUCCCUGCCAGCCAGGUAGAUAGCUUGCAACAUCCUACUUGAUGCUCACUCACAAAGCAGACAGGGCCUGAGGGGCACCCUGGGCACUCUCCUCUCAACAGAGAAAGGUGUGGUUUCCUAGGCCGAACGAAGGGUAGUAGAAAUGGUGUGAGAUCAACUCUUCCAAAGGCCUGGCCUAGACAAACAGGCCACCCUACGUGUAAGGCGCUUGGAACACAUAUUGAGAAAAAUGUUAUUAUUCUGGGGUAAAGCUGUCUUUGGAACAGCGCUUCACUCUGCUGAGGGAGUGGGUUGCACUGCUGAAUGCUCCCUCACAGGGAUUGUCAAGAAAGUCUUGCCCAAAAGCCAGACCAGCAUUUUCUGGGGGUUUGGGCAUUACUAAAAUCCAAGGGUAAAACCAACCACCCAACCCGAGCCAGGAGAUCUUAGGCUAUAUUCCAAGAUGUCCCGAUGAGCAAGAGUUGAAGUACCAUUCUCUGCUUCUGGGGGCCUCAGGCAAAAUAAGCCAAAUUACGCAGCAGGGAAUGUGAAGAUCCAAGGCACACUGAAAUUAAGAGGUUUUAGUAAUAAUAACCAAAAUAGCAGUAUUGCAUGAAACCCAUUACCAAGCGGGAGAAAUAGGAAAGGAAAAUACUGUUUAGAAAUAAAGGCCCAUUGGGGAAGUCACAAAACAAAAACAAUAAAGCUAGCUAACUUAGUCUAAUACAUUACUAAAAUGAAUCCAUGAUCCUAUGCAGAGAUGUAAUAUAGGUGUCAGUCAGGAAGGUGAGGCAAAACUUACAAGACAUAGGGGUAACUUUAUACUCUUUUGCUUAGUAACCAUCCUGAAUCUUCCCAGCCAACUGGAAGACAUUUAAGGCUGUAGUUUUCUAGAACCGGGAAUCCAGGGUGUACAUGUGACUUCACAGCUGUGGAAUUUCCCCCAAUUACUGAAACCCUGAUACAGGCAAGAUAACACAAGUCCAAUUAAUGAGAGUGCUAGCAAUUAGCGGGGGGGGGGGGGAGAGAAUGCUUUCUCAUGAUCUUAUCAUUUUACCCGGAAGUUUGAGUUUCUAUUGAACCAAAGUUUAUGAACAGGGAAAAUACAAGCCCCCUGCCACAAUAUAUUGACAAAGAUGAAAAUCACAUUUAAAGCACAUGGCUUUCCCCAGAGAAUCCUGAAAACUGUAGCUUGCCUCUCACAGAGCUGCAAGCGACAAGCUUUGAGAGCAUUAGGCAAGAGCCUUUCUCCCUGACAUCGAGUUUUCUAUGUGCAAGGAAGCUUUGAUAUGGGGGGAGCCUGCAACUAUGUAGUUCUCCCUGUGCAAUGCCACACAUCCUGAGGAAGCAAAAACUUACCCCUCAAGAUUACUGACCAGGAGGGACAGCAAAGGACUUACUUAUCUGAAACACUUUUAUGCUGCCUUUCUGUUUUAAAAACUUCCCAAGACUGUUCACAGGAACUCAGCAGAAAUAAUAAUUAGUGCAGCAACACAUCUAAGCUUGCUGCUCAACCAUCAUCAAAGUGGAAGAGCAGCUAACACAGCAAAACCACCAGCAUAAAAGUUGAGCAUAUAAAAAGGACCUAGAUCAGGCAUAGGCAAAUUCGGCCCUCCAGAUGUUUUGGGACUACAACUCCCAUCAUCCCUAGCUAACAGGGCCAGUGGUCAGGGAUGAUGGGAGUUGUAGUCCCAAAACAUCUGGAGGGCCGAGUUUGCCUAUGCCUGUCCUGGAUGAACGAAUGAAAGGCCUUUUUACCUGGCUCCUAAAAGUAAUUUCAUGUGGCACCAGGAGAGCCUCACUGAGAGGGAGCAUUCCAUAAAUGGGGCACUGCAGCUGAAGAGAAACCUUACUAACGCUCUUUUCCAGUAGAUCUGCCAGAGAAUCACUGACAUACUCUUGCCUUCCUUUGUAGCUGAGUGCCAUUUCCGCGGCCAGACAUACCCAGAGGGGGCUGAGUUCAGCCUGGAUGGUGAUGACUGUACCACCUGUGUGUGCAGGGUAGGUGUUGGCCUAGGCCUCCCUCCAUGCUCCUGAUCUGAGAGGAUUUGCUAGCCAUAUCACUCACCAUUAGGUGUGUUUGUUGUUCUCUGGAGUACUGGUGAUUCUCAGUCACAGUCUCUGGACUCCUUGUAAAAUCUCCUUACCUGUUAGACAGAACACAAAACAUUCCCCCCGCUGCACUGACUUUACAUGUCAAUUCAGUUGGGAACAUGGGAAUCUGCCUGAUACUGAGUCCGAACCUUGGUCCACCCAGCUCUAUACUGCCUGCUCUGACUGACAGCGGCUCUCCGGGGUUUCAAGGAGGACCUUUUCCUAGCCCUACCUGGAGACAGCAGGAAUUGAACCUGGGGCCUUCUGCAUGCAAGGGAGAUGCUCUGCUACCAAGCUACAGGCUUUCUCGAAGAUCUUUGCAUGUUUUAUGUUGCCCAUUGCUUAGCACAGGCCAAGGCUUGGAGUAGCUUUCAGUAUAACAAGAGUCAUUUUAAACUGCCUUUGUUGCAAACCUUAGUAACACUAGGCAAGGAUACUCUUGCUGAUGGCCCUUGGGCCCUCUAUAAGAAAGGUCUGCAGGGGCAUAGUAGAAGAUGGUGGUGGGCUUUGUGAAGCCCUGGCGUUGCAGGACCCGAUUCCCUUGUUUUGCAAAUUUCAGUAAGGAAGAGUUUGUGAACCUCCUAUCUUUAUCUUUGUAAUUACUGUGGGUAACAUGUGCCCUCACAUCCUUCCUCAGCAAGGUGAAGUUGAGUGCUCCUUCACUCCUUGUCCCACGCUGGACUGUCCCCGAGAUGAUUGGCUGUUGGCCCCAGGGCAGUGCUGCUUCACCUGCCGAAAGGCUGCACCCAUGACAGGUAAGGAGAUCUCAAUGGCUGGGGCGUGUUGUUGUGGCAUGAGGAUGUAUAUAAUUGUAGGCAAUGGGUUAUCAGAUAGGUUUGCCCAUGGUACAUGGCUUCUGGUGAGCUAAGCAUCUUUGUGCUGUACUGUCCCACCAUCACACACACCUUGUUUUCCUCUCGCCAAGGUCCCCACUCUGUGCUCACAGCUGCUUCCUUCCAUUGUUCCCCUUUUCUUGGCCAGGUUGCUUUGUGGAUGACAACGGAGUUGAAUUUCCAAUUGGACAGAUCUGGUCACCGGGUGAUCCCUGUGAGUUAUGCAUCUGCCAGGUGAAUGAUAACCUGCUCUACUUCAUUCAGUUUCAACUUCCCAAUCUCCUAUUGCAAAAACCAUGGUAGCCCUUUGCUGCUGCUGCUGCCCCCACCUUAGCUGAGCCAGGACUAGGAGAAUCCAAUUGACACUUGGAACAAUGUACUGUAGUUCUAACCCCAGUCUCUGUUUGCCUGUGUAUGCUGGGAUCCUAAGGGGUAUAGUUGUGUUCUUGUUGUAUGUCACAAAAAUUAUGAAAUUUAGGCUUUGAUCUCUCCUGACUGUUUAGGAGGCCAGAAGUGCCUUUUAUUUAUUAAAUAAGUGUGUUCACAGUCCUUAGACAAUAAGUGUCACUGAACCCACUGACUUGUAUAAGCUGCCAUGUGGACCCUUUUUUGGGAGGGGGGGGAGUAGUGGCAGAGAAAUGUUUUAAAUGAAUUAACCUUCACCAGUGAUCCUGUGCCUUCCUUCUUGCCAUCGCCUCAACCUGUGAUCUCUCUGCCUGCCCUAUCUUCCCUAGUGCUACUUGCUGACCUGCUGUGAUGUCAGAGUGGAUCUAGGCAGGCAGAGGUAUUAUCCUGGCUUCUGUGAUUACCAUAUAAUUAGCCAAAGUGAUGUCAGAGCAGUUAGUCUAUUGAGUGUUAAUGGGACUUCAGGCAUUGAAUUCUAGGAUUAUAAACAACCUUUGUAGGAUGAAACUGUAAAAUUAUUGCUUACAUACCAUGGGCUUUCAGGUGUCAAAUGUAAAGCAGUUGAACAAUUCUGCAACCUUUUAUGAAAACUGACACAGGGACAGAAAAUAUGUGCCGCUUCGAAGACAGAUACCUCUAGGAAAUUCAAGUCUCUUCUGGGGUGAUAUCGAUCUAUCUGCCUGCAACAGUCCAGCUGUUUGUGCUGUGGGUUUCUGUGAAGUUCUUUUCUGUUGCAGGCAGAUGGCUCAGUGAGCUGUAAGAGGACAGAGUGUUUGGAGACAUGUCCUCACCCAAUCCGGAUCCCUGGGCAGUGCUGUCCAGAUUGUUCAGCAGGUAAAUUCCAUCUUCUCAGACAGCUGUUCCCUUCUCAGGGAAAUCAGAACACCAGAAUCCACAGCCAGAAAACAACUUUUGCUGUUGUUGCUAACUUGCCUGCUUUUCCUUAUAUUACAAUGCUUAUUCUAAUUGCAGAAUACACAUCAGCACAGAGAGCAACUGCAAAACAGUGGGGUCAAAAUGCAAGAAGUACAGUCUGUGACAAAUAUCUUGUCAUAUAUAAUGCUUCUAACAGUGCAUGUUCAUUUGAACCCAAAUGUUUUCAUAUAGAGAAAGAACUGAAAACAGCAGGGCAACAAUCUGGAGCAAGGGGGGGGUUGUAUCUGAAGGCUCCUUGCUUGUUUUGGAACUCUAAUUUCCCAGGGAUAUUAAAUGUAUGGCAAGUCACCAAAGAAAGAACAAAAGACAAGUUUUGCUGGAUGAGGCCAAAGACCCAUCUAAUCCAGCAUCCUGUUCUCACAGUGGCUAACUGGAUACCUGUGGGAAGCCCACAAGCGUACUAUGCUCCAUGAAUUGACUUCCAUGAUUUGGCUGGGAAUGGGAAUGCAAAGAUUGUGUUCUUGUCCCCACUGACCCUCAUGUGUUUACCUAACCAUAAAUCUAAUGUCUGAAGAAGACUGCUGCUGUUUGUUGCUGUUUGCAUAUGUAAGGCCCCAUCCACGCCAUGCAUUUAAAGCAUCACCACACCACUUUAAAAAUGCAUGGCUUUAUGUCAAGAAUCCUAGGAAAUGUAGUUUGUUAAGGGUGCUGGGAGUUGUUAGGAGACACCCCCCCACCUCCCCCCCACCCUAUUCCCUUCACAGAUCCACACUUUCCAAAGUGGUUCAAUCCCAAUAACUCUCAACCCUCUUAACAAACUACAGCUCCCAGGAUUCUUUCUGUUAAAAGCUGAAUAAUGGUGUUUUAAAUGUAUAGUGUAGAUGGGGCCUUGGCUGAAAAAGAGUGAUUGUUAAGAGUCAUGACCCACAUUGCCCUAUUAUAUUUUUUAUUUUAUUUAUUAGAUUUAUAUACCACCCUUUGUCAAAAGAUCCCAGGGCAGUUCACAAGAUAAAAGAAUGAGAUAAAAGCAGGUUGUUGACGUGACCCAAGUUGACAAACUAAGCGUGUUUUUCUUUCUUCUUGACUGAAGGCUGCACCUAUGCAGGAAGGGUCUUUUACAACAAUGAGACAUUCCCCUCUGUCUUGGACCCCUGCCUAAGCUGCAUUUGUUUGGUAAGUUCUCUGUUUUCCGCUCCCAGCCUAUAAGGAGUGUUCUGUCCUAGUAACAGGUCCUACAGAGCAAGCUUGGGAAACCCGUGACCCUGCCAAUGUCACUGGACUACAAUUCCCACCACCCCUUACCACUGGCCAUGCCGGCUGGGGCUGAUGAGAGCUGCAGUCCAAUAACAAGGCCACAGUGUUCCCGUGCCUGCUACAGAGCAAGCAAAAAUACAACAACAAACAGCAGCCCUCUUCAAGGCAUCAGUGCUCUAAAAUGCAAAGGGAGGCCUCCACAGAUGCAAAAGGCUCACUGCUUCAGACAGUCACCUUCCACAAGUCAGCAGGCAAGUGAGAUGGCAACAGGAGAGGUGGAGGUAAUGCUCUCACCUGCACUGCCUUUGCACACAGGUUUACUUAACUGUAAAUGUAAAGCCCAAAGAAGGCUAAAGUCUUAUCUGGGAUUGUAUAAGGCAGCUUCCCCAGAAAAUUAGGCUGUGUAUACACUGUAUUCCUCUAAAGCGUAAUUGAAACACAUUAUCUCAAAGAAUUAAGGGCGCUGUCGUUCGUUAUGAAUUGCUGGGAAAUUUAACAGAAUUCUCUGAAGGAAAUCGUUUUUCAAAUGUGCUUUGAAAGUUAUAGUGUGUAUGCAACCCUAGGCUGCAAUCCUAUGCCUGCUUAUCUGGGAAUAUAAACCCCAGUUGAACUGAGUAGGGCUUACUUCUGAGGAGACAUUUAAAGGGCUGCACUAUUAAUUUGGAAGGAUGUCAUGUGUUUAUGAUAUAGAAUGUUAUAUGACUGAAGUUGCUAUUAAUUUUUUUAAUGCAUUGGCAGUAAAGAUGCUGUCUUUAUUGAAAUGAAUUUGAAAAGCUGAUAUUGUGUUAUUGAGAUAAUUUGAGAUGUUCACCGAAUUUGUUUUUUAAAAAACAAAAGCAGAAUCUUUCUGCUCCCCCAACCCAACUGCUGCCCAGGCAAGCAACAGGGCUCUGGAUGCAGCAGUGCCUCCAACACCAGUGGCGGAGGAAGGGGGUGCGGUGGGUGCGCCCCGGGUGUCACCACUGUGGGGGUGUGUGACAAAAUGACAAAAAUAUGAGUUUUUUAAAAAUUGGGCUCAGGAAGCUUUUUAGUUCAGUCAACAAAUGCAAUGAAAUGCGGGUGGCACUGGGCGCCACACCACGGGGGCCGGCACUUACCCAGGGCCUGCAGCGUGCCUGAGCCACGCAUCUCUCCUGGGCGUGGCAGCUUGAGUGCCUGCAGGCUUGGCGCUGCCUGAAACGGCAGCGUGGAGCUUGCAUCUGCCCACUGCUUCUCCCUCAGCCACCCUACAGCUGAGGGGGAGGCGGUGGAGAGGCUCCACGCAACUUGCCCUGCCCCCAUGGGUUCGUCCCACCCCCGGCUGCAGGACGUGAUUGCCGCACAGGGCACCCGAGCAGCUAGCUACGCUGCUGGCUGCCACAGCCAAGAAGUUGAAUUGAUCUGUAAAAGGACCAGAUAAACAAGUAAUAAUAAGUGCCAAGGGUUAUAUAAUAUGCUCUGUAUCCUGAAACAGAUUGGCUGGGAGGUUUGAAAUGAAAGGCAAGGCUCUCUAUAUUUCUCUGCCAUUUAAUGCAGGAUCUCUCUCUCUCUCUCUCUCUCUCUCUCUCUCUCUCUCUCUCUCUGUGUGUGUGUGUGCGUGCGUGCGUGUGUGUGUUUUCUUACAGCUAGGCUCUGUGGCAUGUUCUCCUGUGGACUGUGUUGUCUUUUGUACAUAUCCUUUCCACCCAGAAGGAGAGUGCUGUCCAGUUUGUCAUGGUAAGCAUUAUGAUCUUAGGGCUUUUCCAGAUAAUAAUUUAAAAUUUGUUUGUUUGUUUUUUUAAAUGAAGGCUAGUUGUGCAAUAUAGAAUCCCUACUAAAACUGAAAAUGAUAUAUCAGUCAUUAGAAUGGUUUUAUAGUAUUCAGAUCAAUAGCUGAUGGUUUGUUGUCCCAUUGCCUUCUAAAUUGCACGGGAAUUCAUUUAUAUAAGUUAACUUGUACAUUGCAACUGUGCAGCAUUAAGUAGCUAGAACAUUCCAGAUUUUUGUGAUAGUCGCGGUUUGGUGCUAGAGGAAGUAACUGUCCUACUUAUGUGUGUGAAUACCAACAUUCUAAUAUGUCUGGUUUCUUGUCUGUCUAAUCAGACUAGGUGCAAUGUCUCUAUGGCUAAAAUUAUAUCUGUUGUGCUAUUCUCCUUUUGUAGACUGCAAUUACAAAGGGAGGAAAGUGGUGAAUGGACACGUCUUUGUACCAGAAGGUGAACCCUGCAUUCAUUGUACUUGUCAGGUGAGUUGUGAGGCUCUUGGGGGAGGGGGGAGCCUGGGAUGGUUUGCAGUUCAAAGGGGUUACACUUCCACUCCCACACUGUUCUCUUGCUCUUCCCAUUGUUCUCUAUUAGUGCUAUUGUUAUUAGCAGGCCUGGGAAUAAAGUUUGGGGGUGUUGAACUGCUGGGCUCCAUUAAGGAGAUCAGAUGGCCUUUAGCAAGACAGCAACCUAGAAAAAGAAUAAAUGAAUGUUCUUUAUCUAGAACCCCAAAGCUUGAAAGUAUUGUUUUACCUUCUUGGGGAAAAGGUUUUUUCUUUCUUUCCUUCCUGUCUCCUCCUCAUUCCCUUGCCAGAAGCAUCCACUUACCGUUUUAAACUAACCACAGUUUCUUGUGACACCUGAGCUUGGAACUGUGAUUUGUUUAAACCAGAAGCUGAUCCUAACAUAUUUUCACUAACCAUUGUUUAAUCAACAUAACAGUUAUCCAAGUUAUGAUGUCACAGGGAACUGUGGUUAGUUUAAAGCCUUCCUCUGAUAUGUGAAAGGGGAGGGAACCACGCAAACAAAGGCUCACUGCAACUCAUUGAUGUGCUGAUUGCUAAGAUGCCUGAUUCAUCAUCCACUGUCACAUGGCUGAAGCUGUUACAUCAGCCUUCAGCAGAGGAGGGAAACGAAAGGAUGCUUGAGCAGCUGAGAGACCAGCAAGUUUUGACUCCUCCCUUUGAGCUUUUCCAACUCAGCUGGUCAUCAGAAAAAAGUUGUGCUUGAGUGUGUGCAUCUCCUCCUUCAUCCCAAUCCACUUUUCUGUGGUGUGUCUUUUUAGAUUGUAAGCCUGUGGGCAGGGUUUGUAUUGUUUAUAGUGAUCUGUAAGCUGCUCUGGGAGAAGGUUUUGGCGUUGAGUGGGUUAAAACCCCUUUCAAUAAAUAAACAGGAAGAAGCCAUGAUUUCCAGUUUUUGUCUGAACCAGUUCAACCUCUCCUCUGUUGCUUUGUGUCCCUCAGCUUGGAGAGGUGAGUUGUGAGAAGAGGCCCUGUCCAGGCACCUGUGCAGAGCCCUUUGGCCCCCCUACACAUUGCUGCCCCGACUGCCAUGGUAAUGAAGUUCCAGGUAGGGUUGCUCAUCAUACCUGCAUUGGGUCUGCCAUGUGAUUUUGUGCUGUGAUAUAAAUUCAGCAUUGUCAAAUCUCACAGCAGAGAAAAUUCUUUCACAUUUUGGAAAUAAUGCAUGUGGGGGUGGUGGCAAACUGGGCCUUUGACCCGGGUGAAAUAAAGCCUAGUUCACCUCUGGUGGAGGAAGUGAGGGAGGCUGAGGAGCUAAUUCUCCUAAUUCCUGGCUGUCUCUUAAAUUAAUUCCCACCAACCCCAAAUUUUUAAUCAUGUAAAUUGUCUCAAAGCUGUCAAGUUUAUUGCAAUGUGCUUCCAAAGGAAGCAGAGUGUUAGUUGUUCCCAGGUUCUCUCAGAAUCAAGAAAGCUCAGAAAUUUGCCACCAUAGUGUGUGUGUGUGUGUGUGUGUGUGUGUGUGUGUGUUUGCAUCUCAUGGUGUGGUGCAGAAUGUGCAUUUGUGUUUAUGUGCACCUGUGGCCCUUGUAGUUCAGAAUUUGUGGUCAGUAACCUAGGCCAAAAGCUGAGAGUUUACUGGAAUGAUUCAGGGCAAGCAGUGCUCAGCCUAGUCUGUGGUUGUUUCACAACAGAUGAUGUGGCUUCGCUGGAGAAGAGCCUAGCCAAUUCUCACUUGGAAGAUGGAGAAUCAAAGGCAGGCUUGCAAACCUUCCAGAGGCGUUCCAUGGACCCAAUGUCUGAGAGGAACUGCAGCCUCUGCACUCCCAUUCCCACACCUGCUUCGCUUGGUCCUGAUGUUCAUCUUGCCGCAAGUAAUGCAAGUGCUUGGGAGAUCGUGCCAACGAGGCCAACGGCACCAGAGAAUGUUGAUCUCCAUCAUACCAGACCAGGAGGUCUCAUCAAGCUGCGUUUCAAUUGGCCACCAAGUGCCAAACCCCCUUCUUUUCGACUAGGCCAAUCUGUGACUCCUCAGAUAAGAUCAGGGUCUCCUUUGCCACUUGCAAAUAGGCCAGGAAACCUCCGGCCUUCUCCCACCAGGCCAAGCUCUCUGUUGACUCAUCCUCGGCUCCUUUUCCUCAUCACAAGGACUGCUGGGACCCCUGCACCCUCCAAUGCAGUUCCUGCCUCCACUCCGCUAAUGGUAGCUAACCUCACAGAGUCCACCACCACCUCCUUUCAGCCUUCAGAUACCCACAGCCUUCCUCUGUCACCUCCAACAGAAACACUUUCCCCUUCAUCCAGCCGCAGUCCAAACUCUCCUCAGGAACUUCAAGAUGGCAGACCCCCCCACACAACAGGUUCACCCAUGGACCAGAAAACUUGGGGGAGCAGCCUUGCAUUGCCCCCUGGUGGUGAGAAUAACAUCCGUGGCACUGCUCCCUAG